AGAUUUCCACGUUUUCCGAGUGUGCUUGCAAAAGUCAAUGUUCCACAGAAGUGCCCCUAAAUUUAGCAAACUUGUCUUGAUUGGCUACUGAGCCGAACAUUUGUACCUAUUUCACUGCGUGGUCUUUGUAAUUCAAUCCCAUAAGAAGGAAAGGUAGCUGAAAAAAGGAACAGCAGCCAGAGGCUUCAACACCUACAUCUAUCAGAAAGAUCUUCACGAAAGUUCAGCGUCAAGACACCAGAGCGGAAUCUUAUAUAGAAUCCAGCGCACCAAGAAAGACUAGACAGUGUGCGGCUGCACAUCGUAAAACACAACUAGCAUCCUUCAUGGCGUCAAGAAGCUAUUUUUGUCACUACAUCGUUGCUUUCUCUGUUACUACAUUCUUAUUGGGUGCGGUGAGUGCUCAUUUCAAAAUAGGCCGUGAACAACAUAAGUGGUCUGAACAUCUCCGUCCUUGGCAAAUGCGUCAGCUAAGCGACCAAGAAGGACUUACGAAGGAGAGUGCAUCUGAUUGGCUACAAAGGAAUAGCAACAAAAUUGACACAGAAGAAAGCAUCGAGAAAGAAUUACGUAGCACUCCUGAAACACAUAGGAGAAGAUUGUUGGAACAUGUUCAUCCCAGCUACCUGAAGAGUCAGCAGAAAAAACGGAAACAAUUUUAACUUGGUGAAUGAAGAUGUUGCUAGAGUGGAGAGACUUCCCAGCUGUGAAUGGAAGCCUUAUUAUCGGCUUAAAGCAAACAUGUUUUAUUUAACGAAGCCCGCACAUGAUGGAAAUCAUUACAUGUAUCAAGCUGUAUAGAGAUCGAAAUAAAAAACACCUUGUGGAUAA